GAGUUCUUCGCGAGUGGAGGUGUAUUUGAACGCGGCGAGAAUGAUUUUGAUUACUUUGACCCUGGGUUUGUUAGCGGUCUGGCUGCUGUACGUCGUUUUCACAUGGAACUACGACCACUGGAGAAAGCGAAGAGUGCCGGGUCCCAAGCCCAGGCUUUUAGUCGGUAACUACCCUAACAUGUUUACCAUGAAGCGACAUGCCAUCUACGAUAUAGACGAUAUCUAUAGGCAGUACAAACACAAGUACGACGCAGUGGGAAUUUUUGGCUCUCGAGCUCCACAACUGCUGGUGGUCAACCCGGAGUUGGCUCGUCGCGUUUUCGUGUCCAACUUUAAGAACUUCCAUGACAACGAGCUGGCCAAGAACAUUGACGAGAAAACCGAUUAUAUUUUCGCCAACAAUCCCUUCUCGCUGACCGGCGAAAAGUGGAAGUCUAGGCGGGCUGACGUGACCCCUGGUCUAACAAUGGGACGGAUAAAGACGGUCUACCCGGUGACAAACAAGGUGUGCCAAAGCCUGAGCGAGUGGGUGGAAAAGCAAAUACGUCUGGGCUCAACAGAUGGUAUAAAUGCAAAGCAUAUGAGCCUUUGCUUCACAUCAGAAAUGGUCACCGAUUGUGUUUUGGGUUUGAGCGCCGAAAGCUUCUCAGAGAAGCCCACACCCAUUAUGUCGCACAUCAAAGAUCUCUUCAAUCAGCCCUGGACCUUCGUGUUGUUUUUUGUGCUAACCAGCACUUUUCCCUCGCUAAGCCAUUUGAUAAAGCUGCGCUUUGUACCGCUCAAAGUGGAAAAAUUCUUCGUCGAUUUGAUGGGCAGUGCAGUGGAGGCCCGUCGCGCUCAAUUGGCGAAUGGAAAACAGUUCGAGCGAUCGGACUUCCUGGACUAUAUCCUGCAACUGGGAGAAAAACGGUCCCUGGAUAAUCGACAGUUGCUGGCCUAUUCCAUGACUUUUUUGCUGGACGGCUUUGAGACUACGGCCACGGUUUUGGCCCACUUGCUGCUCAAUCUAGGACGAAAUGGCGAUGCUCAGGAGCGUCUUCGGGAGGAGAUAAGUGGCCAUUUGCAGGAUGGCGUCAUUGCCUUUGACAGGCUCAACGAUUUGCCAUAUUUGGAUGCCUGUGUCCAGGAAACCAUCCGCCUUUUCCCGCCGGCCUUCAUGUCCAACAAACUGUGCACCGAAUCCAUCGAAAUUCCCAACAAGGAUGGCCCCAGCUUUGUGGUGGAGAAGGGCACCACCGUUGUAGUGCCCCACUAUUGCUUCAUGGUGGAUGAGGAGUUCUUCCCCGAUCCACAGUCCUUCCAGCCAGAACGAUUCAUGGAGCCCGACGCGGCCAAAACUUUCAGAGAACGGGGUGUCUUCAUGGGAUUCGGAGAUGGUCCUCGCGUGUGCAUUGGAAUGCGAUUCGCCACAGUACAGAUAAAAGCAGCCAUUGUGGAACUAAUCUCCAAGUUCAAUGUCAAGAUAAAUGCCAAAACUCGCAAAGACAAUAAAUACGACCCUGUCCAAAUCAUCACCAGUCUGCAUGGGGGAAUUUGGUUGGAUCUCGAAAAGCUGUAGAGAUGCAAUUUAUUCAUCAGUCCGCUCAAAGCGACAAAAAUUGGCAGUUUCCCAGUGCAUCGCUAUAGUAACAUAUAUACUUCCAACGCGAUUGUUAAGCUCACAACAGCUUUUGACUUUGCUUCUAUUUUUUGUAUACUUAUAUUUAAGCUUUUCGUUAUUGAAUAUAUUUUUGUAUUUACCAUAAUUUGCUACUGCAUA